UGUUUCGCUGUCAGGACCAUGGAGGAGUAAGCAGCCGGCAGAGGAGAAACUUGUGAUCUGAUCUGGAUGGAACCGACGGGUCUACGGGACGUUUUCAAAUGUAUAACACUAUCCAUUGCAGCAAUGGAGGAUAUAGGUCUCCAUCCCAAAGCCACCAAUGACCCCCCUGUCCACAGACCAACAGUCACUGAGACUUUUGGGCUGCACCACAUCCCUCCAGAUCAUCUGCACAUCACUGAUGCAAGCAGGAAAUCUGACAUGCAUAAAGAUGGAGCGUCCAGAAAGAGGUCGUUAAUGAUAGCAGAGCCACACAGCCACUUCCCUCUGCAGAGUGUGGGUCCUCUGGGUGUUGACACCACUGCCAAAAAUGGAAACCCUAAUACGGAAAAGGCUGGGGCUGGCAGGAAAAAAGCCAAAAUCGGAGAUCCAUCAAAGUGGAAACAGAACAAGCAGAAACUGCUGAGGAUGGAGGGCAAAGCCUACGUGAGCAAGCGGAAAAAAGACGGCGAGGUUGUGACAAAACAGCCGAGAGCAAUCGGACCGAGGUGCACGUCGAAUGCAUGCAAAAAGGCAUCAAACCGGCUUUGUAAUGACAUUGACGAGGAGGCCAGAAGGAAAGUGUUUGAUGACUUCUGGCAGCACAUGAACUGGGCUCAGAGGAAACUGUAUGUAGCAGAGCAGGUGGACCGCGACCCCGUGGAAAGAUCUCGGGCGGUGGGGUCACAAUCGAGAAGAUCAGUUUCACUCCGUUAUCACCUAAUGGUGGACGGCAAAAGGAAACAAGUUUGUAAGAACAUGUUCUUGUCCACUCUAGGGAUCGGAGAGUGGUCUGUGCUCAACUGGACUCAGAAAGGUGCAACAACACACAAUGAAUCAAAUGAAAACAAAUUAGAAAAGAGGCAGGCUGUCCCUCAGUGCCCACAACAGAACAUUACUUCUUCUGCAGUCAAUAAUGCUGCAGAACUUACCCAGGAACAAGUGACUGACACUGACAAAGACAAAGACAGCCCACCCGAACCAGAGGGCUCAGGCAGAAAAAAAUCCAGAGUUGCCAAGCCGCUAACAUGGAAGCAAAACCGACAGAAGCAACUCAGGAUGGAGGGAAAACCGUACAUUAGCAAGCGGAAGAAAGACGGCACGGUGAUAACUAAAGGUCAGAGGACGAUGGGAUCCAGAUGCACAUCCAGCGCUUGCAAAAGGGCUUCCAAUCGCUUCUGUGCCGACUUCAGCGAAGAAACGAGGAACAAGCUGUUCACUAGUUUCUGGCAGUGCAUGAACUGGACUCAGAGAAAGACCUAUGUUUGCGGAUUAGUUGACUGCGACCCGGUGGAACGAACCCGAGCGCCGUGGACUCAGUCGAGGAGGUCGGUCUCCAUGCGGUAUCAUUUGAUCGCUGACGGUGACAGAAAACAAGUGUGCAAAAAGAUGUUUCUCUCCACUUUGGGGAUUGGAGAGUGGUCGGUGCUGAACUGGGCACAGAAUGCAUCCCAGCAGGACAGUUCAGAGGAAACCACCAAGAAGCAAACGCAGAGGAAGUCCCGUAAAGCUUCGGAGCAUGUCGUCCUCAACGAGUUCCUCGAGAGUUUACCCAAAGUUCCCUCAUACUGUUGCGGGACGUCCGUCUCCAAGCUCUAUCUGGAGCCGGUCUUCUCAAACAUGUCCGAGGUGUACAGGCACUACUAUAACCACUGCCUGGAGAGGAAGACCACGCCGCUCUCUCGGCAGGUUUUCUGUGCUGUGUUUAAGAAAAGGGACUUGGGAUUGUGUGACCCCAAAAGGGAUCAAGGGUGUUCUUUCGGUGCGACAGGGAAUUUGUUCAAUGAGCUUUGGGAGGAAUACUGCUUGGAAAGAGGAGCUCCAGUGUCACAACCAGAGAAAACAGGUCACCAGUAGAGAAGGACAAAUGCUCUGUGUAUCUCUGCUACUUCAUGGUGAUCAUAUAUACGCUGUGGAAAGUUAAAUUCCAAGACUUUUGCUAAUGACUUCAUGAUCUCACAUUUUAUUAAAUCCUGUGCUUCUUCUUCCAGGCUCACACCAUCUCAAGUAAUCAUGUCCUUAUGCAGCUGAAUAGUUGUUUCACUGAAGGAUAAUUAUUUAUGCACCAUUUUUACUGUCUCCUUCAAAGAAGUUAUGUUCACGAUGUUUGUCUGUUUGUCAGCAGGAUUACGGAAAAAAUACUAGCCGGAAUUACGUGAAACUUGGUGGAAAGGUGUAGCACAGUCCAAGAAAAAAAACAUUUAUUUUUGGAGUGGAUUCGAAUCGCGAGACUGAUAAAAAGUUAUUUUUCAAUUUGUCAGCAAUGCAGAUAUGGCAUGGUCUUGGUGCAGGUCUGCACUCUCAGACAGUUCUCUAGUUUUGUUAUUGUAACAAAGAAUGUUUGAUUUUUAAAAUGUAAAUUCUUAUGAGAUCAGA